AGUUAGUAAAGAAUAAUGGAAAUUAUACAAUUGUACAUGAUAAGGUUGGAUGGAUAUUGACAAUUGUACAAACUGGAGCUAUUUUAGAGGUAUUUCAUGUAAUCAUUGAUAUUCGUAUUAUGUAUUUAAUCUUGUUGGAAAACAACCUGGAUGGUUGUUAUGGUGCAGGAAGUGAAGCAAUGUUAAUUUAUCAAUCACUUCCUUACUCUAAACAACUCAGUAGUACUUAUUAUUGGUUUGAAGUUGUGAUUCUCAUUACUUAUAUUCCUGGAUUUUUUGUGAUGUAUACUCAUAUGAUUAGUCAACGUAGAAAAUAUUUGGGUGGAAGUAAAGGCAAAGGAAAAUCAAAGAAAAAUGAAUGA